AUGGCUCCAACCGAUUACUCCAACGUCCCGACACCGUUCCACUGCUAUGUAGACUUCUGUCUUGUCCCCGUUGGGACCGGCCACGCCUCGGUCGCGGAGGAAGUCGCCGAGGUGCAGAAGCUGCUCAAAGCCAGCGGCUUGUCUUACACGAUGCACUCGGCUGGCACAACAGUGGAAGGCAACUGGGAUGAGGUCAUGAAGGUUAUUGGCCAGGCUCAUACGGUGGUGCACCAGAAAGGCGCCGUCAGGGUGCAGACCUCGAUGCGCGCCGGCACUCGAACCGACAAGGCUCAGACGGCUGACCAGAAGGUGAAGCGGGUUGAGGAGAUCCUGGCCAGGGAUGGGCAGUAG